UGUUUCAUUCAUUUCUUUCAGCAAACAACUAUAGAAAAAGGACGACGAGGGAGAUUGAAAGCGCAAACGAAAAGAAGUUCAACAAAACUGGAGCAGUUCAUAGUUUUGGUUAUUUACAAAUCUUGUUGAUUUGUUGAUUUCGAGAAAAGUUGUAUCAUUAGCAAAUCAGGGCAGGAGCCGAAAAGACGACAACCGCAACGCCAAAGGAAGUAAACAAAUACACAUAAACAGAAAAGCGAAGUCACUAAGAAAUUGGGAAAGGGACGGUAGUGGUGGAAUUAGGAACGAAAAGUUUGCGCAGCAACAAAAGUUGAACAGCAGAAGUUACGAGGAAUAAUGACAUCAAGAAUGGUAGGUUUAGUAGCAGAGGAAAAUUCAAUUGUGUUGUAGUUGGUACUAGCAGCAAAAUCGAAUCAUCAGAGUAAACACUGGGGCCAUAAUAUCAAGACAAGUACGAGGACAAACCCGCCAGCAACAGCAAUAAAAAAGAGGCGCACGCCAGCAUAAUCUUAGUAGAGAAUAAACCAAGAAAACUAACAACAUCAACAUCAAUAUUGUAUAGUAGCCAGACGUAAAAGUGCCGAAAGAUGGACAACGGCAAAGAUCAAAGCAUUAAACAGCUAAAGAAAUUAAAAAGUUGAAGGAUAAGUAAAAGAACACAAAAAGAAGGCAAAGAGUAAUCACAAGAAGUAAGAAGCCAGAAGCAUCGCUCACCAUCCGCGAAAACAUCUGCAACACAGGCCAAGUCAAAAAGACUUGUGCAACACUAGAGCAGCAGCAGCGGCGGUGUCGGCGUUGUUGGCGUUGUCGGCGUUGGCAGCUGUGGCGCCAAUACAGCACAGGAUAAUGUGCGCGCUGACUGUCAAGCCGCAUAAGCAAUGCCACAAAUGGACGGAGGAGCAAUGUGAUGACAGCAGAAACAGCAAUAUCGACAACAACUACAACAAUCUCAAUGCCUGUGACGAGGAAAAUGUUCAACAGCAAAUUCAGGAACCAAACCAACAAUUGCAACAAACACUCGUGCAUGAAUCAAUGUUGGGAAGACAACAUCAACGGAAACAGCGUGACAAAAGGCAAUGGCAGUCAACGUGCAGUACGCGCCGUCGAGCAGGAAUCAAGUGGAAAAUUAUAAUAUCAACAAUAAUUUUGCUAUUAUGCCGCAUAAGUCACGUGCUCGCCAUUCGAAAGGGUCGUCUCAUGUCCCCAAGCUCAUUCACUGCCUUAAGCGGAGAUCUUCAUGUGCAGAUACAAUUCAGCGGUGAAGAUGUGGCGGCUGCCGUUGCACUCGGUAAUGGUGCUGUGGGCGUGAUAGGAGAUGGGACUGAUGGCGGCCAUGAAGUGCCGGCUGAUGGAGCAAACGUGGAAAGCACGUCACAGGAACAACAACGGGCCGAACGACAACGACUACAGCACGCACGCUGAAUCCAUUAGAUGGGAUGAGUUUUCGUCAAGUGGGUGGUGCAUUGGUGGAUUGGGUGCUGUGGAGAAUACCAUUACAAGCACUUUGGUAAUUAGUAAAAUCAUUGAUGAUUUUGCGGAUACUAUGGAGACGACGACCAGGAAUGAUACAGCCGCAUAUGCGUCAUCCAUGGAGAGUGCACAGUUCAAUGGCAGCUUAACGAGCAUAUCGAGUGCGGAAGUAACAACGCCAUCACCGUCUAAUUACACCCACAAUCAGCUUGACGCAACGAGAGUGUUGCACCGCAAGCGCAAAGAAAUUGUUCAGAAUAUUCCUGUCUUCCCCGAUCCGCGAAACAACGUCACACAAAUAUCCGUGCCCUGUCAGACAUUCACACGCGGUGGUCUCUACGAAAUGCAGGUUGUCACCAACUUAAAAUCAACCGCGACCGUGUCUAACGUCAAUAGCAGUGCUCAUGAACCGCUACCCACGAUGACCACGACUACGUUGAUGCCCGUCGUCGAUGAGCGCUUGCGUCAAACACUCGACGUCCGAUGGCCCAGCGCUGACAUGCAAGUGGAGCCGACACGCUUGCGCACCUACCCCGAGCAGCCGGUUGUGGUGACGUUGCGCUUUCCGGAGGUGAAUUGUGCGCGCAUGCAUGAGAGCAACUCACUAGAUUUGCCGCAAUUUUGGCUGGAGCUUAUCUACUGCGGCAAGCAGCGUAACUGCAAUGAAGUGUUGCCACAAAACAUCAGCAAAUCGAGUAUCUUGUAUAUGGAACAAGUGCGUGGCUAUCCCAAGCAUAAAGCCGUGCAUCUGGGCUGCGAACUUUUUGGUUUGGCCGGUAAUUACGCAGUGCAGUUGCGACCGAUGGUGCCGGCGCCGAAUGUGCCCAUUACGCGUCGCUUUCUCAGCGUUGACUGGAGUGAUAAGUUUGUUUUUAAUGUUUACGCGCGUAGCAUUUUUCCCUGCGACCCACAUACGGGUAUUGGUGUGCUAUAUGAAUAUCCGUCUUGCAUACUCGAGCAAGGCGAUCGGGUGCGAGUUUUUGCAAAAUUGCGCGCGGAUGUGGCGUCACUUAAGCCGCCUACAACAUUGCACUAUGUGGCUGAACAACGCGUGGUGAAGAGUCAUCAUUCGCUCUACUUUAGCUGUGAGCUGUUCACUGAGAAAUUUGUGGAGUACUGCUUCGUCUAUGUAAGCCAGGCUAUUUCCGGGGCAGUAGCUGAUGUACGGAUGGACUGCGUGCCGACAUUGCCAGUUAGCGACUCCGACACUGGCGGCUGGGGACCGUGGAGCGAAUGGACACCAUGCUCGACGAAUUGUCUAGGUGGCACGCGUAAUCGCUAUCGGUUUUGUGACUCACCGCCACCGCGAUAUGGCGCAAAGUUCUGUGAAGGUCCCUCGGUGGAGACCGAGAAAUGCGGCAAAGCCAUCGCCGAUACUUGGGAUUGCAUUUACGAAAGCAGUGGAGCAACUUUUAGCGCCAAUCGUACAGAGGUCAGCCAAGAGAUCGGACCCGGCUGUCGUUGCGGCUGCAUUGUACACUUGGGCUCGUCGAAAUCAAAACGCAUUUUGGCCGGUGCCACACAAAGCUGUCCAGGUCGCUCAUUUUGGCUUAUACAGGUAAGUGCUGAGAAGAAUAUUUGUGGGGAAAUCAGCUCUUGA